AUGAAUUUUGCCAAUCCCUGGCACAAGGAAUACAUUGCUCAUCGAAUUGAGCUACGAGAACACUUAAUGCUUCUUUACCCCCAAAUGAUCAAGAUUCUUGAUGUUUGCGACAGAUUUUUUGCAUCGGUUCAAGUGAUAGAUGUUGACGCUUUCCGGGAACUGGGGCCCAUUGAUUUCGACUUCGUCAAGACCAAAGUUCAGGCCGACUGUAGGAAUAGUGGUGAAUAUCUGAUGGAUAGAUGGUUUCCAAAGAUUUGUUCAAUCUUUGUGGGGAAAGCUCGCAUUCCUUUUCUCAAACAGGAUAAAAUGAACGCAUUUUUUAACUCUACUAGUGUAUUAAUAUCGAAUAAGAUUAAGCAAUUUCUUUUACGAAAUCUCGACUUCUGGGUUGACCUCUUCGACGAAGAUCACCAAGAAAGGUUGCCCGUUUUGAAAAUGUACUUGACUUUUGAGAAUCAAUGCGUCAAAUUCUUUCCCGGCUAUGAAGACUUGGAGGAGCUUCUUCUGUCAGUGGCUAAGUACAUCUCGGAGUCUAUGCCACAGGUGCCAACGGUGCACUCUAUCCUCUAUAGAUCUGACUCCCCUCGAUACAUUGACACCAAAAUUGCCCCUCACAUAAUGGAAGUCAUACAAAUCAGACUAAAGAAUGUUGCAAAGUUCUACUUUGAACCAGCAGAACGCUUCUUCCGCCAACACAUUGCUGAACCCUAUUCCUACAUAUUCGACGGUACUGAAGCUAGGCUGGUGGACGACUUCUUAAAAAAGGACCCAGAAUUUCGAGACUACCGUGUUUACGUCGCGAAGCUUCACGAUCUGGCUCAUGACAUCAAUCACCUCCCGGAUGUAGAGUACUUUGAUCUAAUUCGUUUGGACUGUGAGGAUGUUAAAACCGGAAUUUCCAAAGAAUGCAUGCGAUUGGCUAACAAUCUUCUGGAGACUUUGGCCAAUAAACUUCGCCAAGUUAAUCGCGAGGUUUGCGCAAGCUUUGAGGAAAUGCAAACCAAGUGUCGAACCAUUCCACAGACAAGCGAAGAAUUGAUUGAACUCAACUCCUACAUGGAGGAAGCACGUUGUCAAGGCAUGGUACGAAUGGAACAGAAGAUCCAGUGGACUCGAGAAUACUUAGUUUACCUAUUGGAUGUGUAUGACUUCACACCAGAGGACAUAAUGACUAACAGUCAGAUGCAAGAAAAUAUGCGAACUGUGAAUGAGCAAAGAAUCAAUGCAAAACGUGAACAAUUGGAGGGUGACUUGAAACGUUUAAGAAAUCGCGUGGAUGAGUUUAAUGACUAUGGAGAAGUUGACGCAGAAAUGAUGGCACAGUACGCUAACGAUGUGCGUGUUGUCUUCAAACGGGUUAGUGAGGCUGAGAGCUUGCGUGAAUGGAUCAACAAGGAAGAGAAACUCUACCAGAUUCCCAUAUCACCAUUUUCGGACAUUGAAGAGAUCAAGGCACUCGCUGAACCAUUCCAUCGUCUAUUCACCAAUGUCGUCAAGUACUACAAAUCUGAGAGGAGAUGGAUGUAUGGCGAGUUUGAUAAAUUGGACGCAGAAGCUAUUGAGGAUGAAGUAGAUGAGACGUGGAGGGAGAUGUUCCGUUUACAAAAAGUCUUUGAUAACCGAUUAAAAAAAAUGAGAAUGGAGGCGGAUGAACGGCGGAGGGAGCGAAAUGAGCGUCUCCGACGCCGCAUGUUAGCAGCAAGCAAAGCAGAGCCGACAUCCACACCUGUGGAUGAGGAGGCUACAGCUGCAGCGGCGAUGGUAGGCGGGGCAAUGGAGGAUGAGGAGGUUCCCGAAGUUAAACCUCCAGCGGGUCUUAAAACUGUUAACUUUAUGCUGGAACGCCUAAAGAAGUUCAAGGACAUAGUUCCUGUCAUACGGAUUCUCUGCAAUCCGGGAAUCCGUCAGCGACACUGGGAUGCCAUGUCAGCGAUUGCGAAUCGGGACUUGACCCCAGAUAGCGGUACCUCACUCUCAAAGAUGCUUCAAAUGAACCUGACACCGUACAUGGAGCAAUUUGAGGCAAUUUCGGUGGGUGCGAGUAAGGAGCAUACACUGGAGGUUAAUCUGGUGAGGAUGCGUGAGGACUGGACAGAUGUCUGUUUCACCCUGACGCCCUAUCGUGAGCAUAACUUCUCAAUUCUCGCCUCUGUGGACGACAUUCAACAGCAGUUGGAUGAUCAGAUUGUUAAAACGCAAACAAUGCGUGGAUCACCUUUCAUCAAACCGUUCGAGAUGCAGCUGAAGAAAUGGGAGGAGCAGUUACUCCGCAUUCAGGGCAUCAUCGACAGUUGGCUGGUGAUGCAAGCCAACUGGCUCUACUUGGAGCCAAUUUUCAGCUCUGAGGACAUUAUGCAGCAAAUGCCAGAGGAAGGUCGUCUCUUCGUGGCUGUUGAUAAAACGUACCGUGAUAUAAUGCGUAAUGCGGCUGUGGAUACUCACGUACUCAAGGCCACUUCGAUGGUCGGUCUAUUGGAGCGCAUUCGGGAAGGCAACGCCCAGUUUGAUCGUAUUAAUAAGGGUCUCAACGCCUACCUAGACAAGAAGCGUCUUUUCUUCCCUCGAUUUUUCUUCCUAUCUAACGAUGAGAUGUUAGAGAUCCUCUCAGAAACAAAGGAUCCUCAGCGCGUCCAACCACAUCUUAAGAAAUGCUUUGAGGGCAUCGCCAAGUUGGAGUUUGACAAGAAUCUUGAAAUUAAGGCCAUGUUUUCUGGUGAAGGCGAGAAGGUGGUCUUUAGUCAGAACAUUGACACAGCAAUUUGUAGAGGAGCAGUGGAGAAAUGGCUCCUGCAAGUUCAGGACGUCAUGGUGCUAUCAGUGCACGACGUCAUUGCCAGUGCAAGAGAUGCUUACGACAGCGACCUUCGAGAUGUGUGGGUGCUGGACUGGCCAGGUCAGGUGGUGCUCUGCGUUUCACAGAUAUUUUGGACCCUGGAAGUCUCCGAAGCCAUCGCAUAUGGCCAGGCGGAGGGAUUGGCAACAUACAAGAGGAAGCUGGACUCACAGAUCGCUGCAAUUGUGCGGCUGGUAAGGGGCAAGCUCUCUACUCAGGAGCGCAUAACCCUUGGCGCCCUGGUAGUCAUCGACGUCCACGCCAGAGACACAGUGCAAACGAUGGUGCAAAACAAGGUGACCGAUGAAAAUGACUUCCAGUGGCUGUCCCAGCUCAGGUACUACUGGGAGGAGGACAACUGUCUGGUUCGUCUAACAAACGCUGUGGUCCCCUAUGCCUACGAGUAUCUGGGUAAUUCUACUCGUCUUGUAAUCACUCCUCUAACUGAUCGCUGCUAUCGAACUCUCAUUGGAGCCUACCACCUCCACCUCAACGGAGCUCCCGAGGGUCCAGCUGGGACUGGUAAGACGGAGACCACCAAGGACUUGGCCAAAGCGAUAGCUGUUCAGUGUGUUGUCUUCAACUGUUCUGAUGGAUUGGAUUAUAUCGCUAUGGGCAAGUUUUUUAAGGGACUUGCUUCAUCUGGUGCCUGGGCGUGUUUCGAUGAGUUCAACCGAAUCGAGCUGGAAGUGCUCUCGGUCAUAGCUCAGCAGAUUUUGUGCAUUAUCCGCGCAAUCCAAGCCAAUCUCGAGACGUUUGAAUUCGAGGGGACAUUACUCAAUCUCAAUCCAAACUGCUACGUUUGUAUCACUAUGAAUCCAGGCUACGCUGGACGUUCCGAGUUGCCAGACAACCUGAAGAUCCUUUUCAGGCCAGUGGCAAUGAUGGUUCCGGACUAUGCGAUGAUAGGCGAGAUCUCUCUUUACUCCUAUGGUUUCAUGGACGCACGCAAUUUGGCAGGCAAGAUAGUCACCACGUACCGCCUGUGCUCGGAGCAGCUCUCCUCCCAGUCUCACUACGACUACGGUAUGCGCGCCGUCAAAGCGGUUUUGCAGGCUGCGGGUAACUUGAAACUUCGGUAUCCGGAGGAGAAUGAAAUGAUUCUGCUUCUGCGUUCGAUCAUGGAUGUGAACGUGCCUAAAUUCCUGUCGCACGAUAUCCCACUCUUUCGUGGCAUUAUCUCCGAUCUCUUCCCCGGUGUCAUUCUGCCCGAUGCAGACUACUCAGAUUUCCUCAAAGAAGCGGUGAUGGUGUGUCAACGCAACGGUCUCCAGGCUGUGCCCAAUUUUACAGAGAAACUUAUACAAACCUACGAAAUGAUGAUUGUUAGACACGGUUUUAUGCUGGUCGGUAUGCCUUUGGGAGGCAAAACCAAGAUCCUUCACACUCUGGCCGAAGUAAUGACUGGUCUCUUUGAAAAGGGCGACACUAACUACGCCAAAGUCUUUUACCGUACCAUCAAUCCCAAAUCCAUCACUAUGGGGCAGCUCUUUGGCGAGUUUGAUCCCGUUUCUCACGAGGUCUGGACAGAUGGUGUUACAGCGAACACGUUCCGUGAGUACGCCAACAUGGAACCGCCUGAUCGAACAUGGGUGAUUUUCGAUGGACCUAUUGAUACUCUAUGGAUUGAGAGCAUGAACACUGUCCUGGAUGACAACAAGAAGUUAUGUCUCAUGUCAGGAGAAAUUAUUCAGAUGUCCAAGACUAUGAGUCUUAUCUUUGAGACCAUGGAUCUUCUACAGGCAUCGCCGGCGACAGUGUCUCGCUGUGGUAUGAUCUACGUGGAACCUAUGGCACUGGGAUGGCGGCCGCUAGCAACGUCGUGGUUAGACAGCCUUCCCGAAUCUAUGACUCUUGGUGACGGCAAGAAGGCACUGCAAGACCUAUUUGAAUGGCUUUUCGAUCCUUGCUUGAAAUUCAUUCACGCCAACUGUCGGCAGUUGAUCCCUAUCAGCGCAAUGUGUAGUAUCAUGUCUACGCUAGACUUUCUUAGCGCUCUCAUUAUGGGGCCCGCCAACGCCGAGGGUGCAGUUGACAAUCGAUACCUCAGGCAAUGGACACAUGCCUCUUUGCUCUUCAGUGUUGUCUGGGGCAUCGGUGGAUGUCUGGAUGAGAACAGUAGAAUCAAGUUUGACGAUUUUAUUAAACCAAUUCUUGGUGGAAAGGUACCGGAGUUGCCCGUACCCCAGAGCAUCGGUGGCCGCUGUGAUUUUCAAAUGCCUGACACCGGGCUGGUCUACGAUUACUUCUACGAAUUCAAAAGUCGAGGGAAAUGGAAGCAUUGGAAUGAAUUGUCAAGAGGACAGAGUAAAUUUGAGGACAUGGAGAUAAGAGACAUAAUCGUUCCUACCAUGGAUACAGCUCGCUACAAAUACCUCGUUGACAUCUGUUUGACAAGUCGGCAGCCAUUGAGUUACAUUGGUGUGACGGGUACGGGCAAAUCAGCCUAUGUUCGGGAGAAACUAAUGCGAGACAUUGACGAAGAAAUCUACCGACCAUUCUUUAUCAACUUCUCAGCUCAAACCAGUGCCAAUCAAGUUCAAGAUAUAAUCAUGUCAAAGUUGGAUCGCCGUAGGAAAGGUGUGUACGGCUUACCGUUCGACAAAAUUGCAGCAUUUUUCAUUGAUGACCUAAAUAUGCCUGCUAAAGAGGUUUACGGUGCUCAGCCGCCAAUUGAAUUGCUGAGAACCUUCAUGGACCAUGGGUUUUUCUACGAUCUGGAUGACAUGUCGAAAAUCCAGCUGAUCAACCUCUACAUCUGUACGGCAAUGGGUCCACCAGGUGGUGGUCGCAACGAUGUGACCCCGCGGUUCAUGCGCCAUUUCCAUGCCGUCUCCAUGGUGCCUUUCAACGAUGUAACCCUCACUCGCAUUUUCACCACACUUAUUCAAACAUACCUGCGGGCGCAUGAAUUCACCUCCGACUACUAUGUCCUGGGUAACUCAAUGGUUGACGCAACACUUAACGUCUACAAGGCUGCCAUUUCAAAUUUAUUACCGACACCAGCUAAGUCACACUACGUCUUCAAUUUGCGUGAUUUCAGUCGUGUUAUCCUCGGUAUUUGCCUUAUCAAGAAGGAAGGUGUGAAAGACAAACAUACUUUCAUUCGUCUAUGGGUCCAUGAGGUGCUCCGUGUCUUCUACGAUCGCCUCACUGACGAAAAGGACCGUUGGUGGCUUGUUGAUUUUAUCAAGAACACAAUUGAUACAUCUUUCAAGGACAAAGUAAACAUGGUGUUCUCCCACCUCCUCGCUAAUAUCAAGGACGAGGUCACCGAAGAGACCUUUAGAAGUCUAAUAUUUGGUGACUUUAUGGACAUUGAUUCACUGCCCGAAGAGAGGAAUUAUGAGGAGGUGAUGGAUAUCAACAUGAUGUAUCCCGUUGUGGAGCAGUGUCUUGCAGACUAUAACGCCACCCACAAAACAAAAAUGGCUCUCGUUAUUUUCAGGUACGUAUUAGAACAUUUGGCACGAAUUUGUCGUGUUCUUCGCGUGCCUUCUGGAAAUGCGCUGUUAAUUGGAGUAGGUGGUUCCGGCAGACAGUCGUUGUCACGUUUGGCCUCCGCCAUGGCAGGCUACGUCACAUUCCAACCAGAGGUCUCAAAGGACUAUGGUCUCCAAGAGUGGCGUGAGGAUGUCAAGUCCUGUCUUAAAAAUGCUGGCGGACGCGGGAUGAAGACCGUCUUCCUAAUGACUGACAUGCAGAUAAAGAAUGAGGCCUUUCUUGAAGAUGUUGACAAUCUUCUCAAUUCUGGUGAAGUGCCAAACAUCUUCACCUCAGAGGAGCGUGCUGAAGUCACCGAACUCGUGCAGACAGCUAUAGAGGUAGAGAAUCGGAAAAAUGCUGCCACUCCUGGCGGGAGUGGAUCUAGAGUAACGCAAGACAUGUCACCACUGGCACUCUUCACUAACUUUGUCAGUCGCUGUAAAGCUAACCUUCACGUUAUCAUUGCAUUUUCACCCAUUGGAAACGCCUUCCGGAAUCGUCUCCGCCAGUUUCCAUCCCUUAUCAACUGUUGCACCAUCGACUGGUUCACGCCAUGGCCAGAAGACGCGCUGGAAAGAGUUGCUCGCCGUUCACUGGAGUCGCUGGGAAUGGAAACGAAGUUCAUAGACAGUGUUACCUUUAUUUUCAAACACUUCCACACAUCCAUUGCGAAUCUGUCAGAGAAAUUCUUUGCAGAACUUGGAAGGAAAACUUACGUUACACCAACGUCCUACUUGGAACAGAUCGCAUCGUUUGAGCGACUCAUUACGAAGAAGAAGAAUGAGAUUAUGAUGGCCAAAACGAGGUACCUUAAUGGUCUAGACAAGCUCGCUUUUGGCGCAAGUCAAGUGGCGGACAUGCAGGUGAAACUGGAGGAGCUACAGCCGCAACUUGUGGAGGCAGGCGCAGCCAACGAGCGCCUCCUAGUGGUGAUUGCACGCGAGUCAGCGGCGGCGGAACAGCAACGAGAGAGAGUAGUGCAAGAAGAAGAGGUGGUAAAUUCCAAGGCGGAUGCCUCAAAGGCGCUAUCGGAGGAGUGCCGAGCCGAUCUGGCUGAGGCGCAGCCCGCCAUGGAGGCAGCUUUGGCGGCCCUGGACACUCUUAAACCUGCCGAUAUCACUAUUGUCAAGUCGAUGGCCAAUCCGCCUUUUGGAGUGAAGUUGGUCAUGGAGGCAGUGUGUGUGAUGCGGGACAUCAAGCCAGAUCGAGUUAAUGAUCCUAGCACAGGAAGGAAGAUUUUGGAUUAUUGGGGACCCUCAAAGAGGCUCUUGGGUGACAUGAACUUUUUGCAGACGUUGAAAGAAUACGAUAAGGACAACAUUCCUGCUCAAAUUAUUACCAAUAUCAGAAACAACUACAUAACAAAUCCAGAAUUCGAUCCUGCAAAAGUUGCCCGUGCGAGUUCAGCAGCCGAAGGUCUGUGCAAAUGGAUCCUCGCUAUGGAACAGUAUGACCGAGUGGCCAAAAUCGUUGCUCCGAAGAAAGUCAAACUUGCUGAAGCUGAGAAGGAGUUGGCAGAGAAUAUGGCCGCAUUGAAGGAAACCCAAGCUUCUCUCAAAGCCGUUGAAGACAAGCUUGCUAAGCUGCAUGAAAAUCUGGACAAUACACAAAGGGAAAAAAAGCGAUUAGAAGAUGAGGUGGAACUCUGCGGUUUGAAGUUGGUGCGAGCAAAGAAGCUGAUUGGUGGGUUGGGUGGGGAGAAGGAGCGUUGGUCUCAGGCUGCAGAGCGGUUGCAGCAUGUCUACGACAAUCUUACCGGUGACGUUUUGGUCUCGGCGGGAGUGAUUGCCUACCUCGGUCCAUUUACUUCAACUUAUCGUGAUGCUUGCAUUGAAGACUGGGUGGGCGUUUGCAACAGUCAGCCGAAAAUUACUUGCAGUCCACACUUCUCGCUUACUAACUGUCUCGGAGAUCCAGUUAAAAUACAGGCUUGGAAUAUUUUUGGGCUUCCUCGAGAUGCAUUUUCCAUUGACAAUAGUGUCAUUGUGGAUAAUGGAAGACGAUGGCCUCUGAUGAUAGACCCCGAAGGCCAAGCGAACAAGUGGAUAAAGAACAUGGAGAAGGAGAAUGCAGUAGCUGUAGUCAAGUUGAAUGACAGUGAUUUCAUGAGGCGAAUGGAGAACAGUGUACAAUUCGGAGUACCUGUCCUUCUAGAGAACGUCGGUGAAGAGCUGGAUCCCAGUUUGGAGUCCCUCCUGUUGAAGCAGACGUUCAAGCAGGGCGCCGUUGAUAUGAUAAAGUUGGGUGAAAAUAUAAUCGAAUACUCCUCGGACUUCCGCUUCUACAUAACGACAAAACUUCGCAAUCCGCACUACCUCCCAGAAGUGGCAGUGAAGGUCUCGUUGUUGAACUUCAUGAUCACGCCAGAGGGCCUGGAAGAUCAGCUCCUCGGCAUUGUGGUUGCAAAAGAGAAACCGGAACUGGAGGAGGCGAGACAAGAGUUGAUUGUCACAAGCGCUAAUAAUAAGCGAAUGCUUAAGGAAGCCGAGGAUCGUAUUUUAGCUACUCUGGCCGAGGCGGAGGGCAAUAUCCUCGAGAAUGAGACGGCUAUCCAAACUCUCGACUCCUCGAAAGCUAUCUCAGACGAAAUUAUGCAGAAACAAGCGGUAGCAGAGGAGACUCAAAAGAAGAUAGAUCUUGCCCGAAUGGACUACUCUCCAAUAGCACGGCAUUCAGCGAUUCUCUUCUCUUCCAUUACUGAUCUUCCUAACGUUGAUCCCAUGUAUCAGUACUCACUGAAUUGGUUUGUCAAUUUAUACGUCAAUGCCAUCCAAGACAGCAACAAGUCGAAGAUUUUGGAACGUCGACUGCGUUACAUCCAAGAGUACUUUGAUUACAAACUUUACUCAGAAGUGUGCCGAGGUCUCUUUGAAAAGCACAAGCUAGUCUUCUCGCUGGCUCUUUGUGCCAGAAUUUGCAUCAACAAGUCGAAAAUAGUGGAGAAGCGCAUCCGCUACCUCAUCGACUACUUCACCUACAGUCUCUACGUGAGCGUUUGUCGAUCGGUGUUUGAGAAGCACAAACUCCUCUUCUCCCUCCUUCUCUGUUGUAAACUCAUGAUCGCCAAAGAGGAGAUCCAUCUCAAUGAAUUCCUCUUCUUCCUUACUGGUGGUGUGGGUCUAGAAAAUGCCGUACCUAACCCGGCCCCUCAGUGGCUCAUCUCAACCAGUUGGGACGAAAUCUGCCGUCUCUCUGACCUUUCAGCCUUUGCGGGUCUUAAGGAGCACGUGGCGGCGAACACUCGUGAAUGGCAGAAGUUUUACGAUUCCAAGACGCCUCAUAGCACACCUCUACCGGCGCCAUGGAAUAACCUUUUAGAUCAAUUUCGAACACUCAUCGUUCUGCGAUGCAUUAGACCAGACAAGGUCGUAUCCGCAGUGACCAACUACGUGCGCGAUAAACUGGGCAAGAAGUUUGUCGAACCACCCCAAUUUGAUUUGGCAAAAAGCUAUGAGGACUCAACAUCUACUGCACCCCUCAUUUUCGUUCUAUCUCCGGGCGCCGAUCCAACCAUGGCGUUGCUCAGAUUUGCUCACGACAAGGGCUUCGGAGGCACACGCUUCCAAUCCAUCAGUCUGGGUCAAGGUCAGGGUCCCAUAGCCGCAAAGAUGAUCGAACGAGCACAAGCAGAUGGGUCAUGGGUACUGCUCCAAAACUGCCAUCUAGCAGUCAGUUGGAUGACAAGUAUGGAGAAGAUUUGUGAGGAAUUCACUGUGGAUAACACUGCUCCGACCUUUCGUCUAUGGCUCACUAGCUAUCCCUCUCCCAGUUUCCCAGUGACAGUUCUGCAGAACGGUGUUAAGAUCACAAAUGAACCGCCGUCGGGACUUCGGCAAAAUCUUCUUCAAUCCUACCUGAGUGACCCCCUCUCUGACCCAAACUUCUUCUACGGUUGCCCUAACAAUGAGGCAACAUUUGAGAAGCUAGUCUACGGUCUCUGCUUCUUUCACGCGUUGGUACAAGAGCGCCGUCACUUCGGUCCAAUUGGCUGGAAUAUCCCCUAUGGCUUUAAUGAAUCCGAUUUGCACAUCUCUGUACGGCAACUACAAAUAUUCAUCAAUGAAUAUGAACAAGUACCAUUCGAUGCAAUCAAUUACCUUACGGGUGAAUGCAACUAUGGAGGCCGAGUGACUGACGAAAGGGAUCGACGAUGUCUUUUGACCAUUCUCCUCGACUUCUAUUGCCCUGCACUGAUUACGGAGGUCAAAUAUAAACUACCCACUAAUCCCAAUUACUUCAUUCCACCAAAAAUGGAAUAUCAUGAGUACAUAGAAUUUAUCAAAAAUCUGCCAUCAGUGCAGACUCCUGAGGUAUUUGGACUGCACGAGAACGUGGACAUAAUGCGUCAGCACUCAGAGACGAAAGCGCUGCUUGCAGCCACCCUCCUAACAGUCACCAGCAUUGGUGGCGGUGGUGGUGGUGGUCAGAGCGCGACCAGCAGUAGCGACAGCCAGCUCAACGACAUCGCUUCGGAUAUCAUCAGCAAAUUGCCGCUGCCAUUUGACAUUGAUACUGCGUCCAAACGAUAUCCUCUGGUAUACCAAGAGAGCAUGAACACAGUUUUGGUGCAGGAAAUGGAGCGCUAUAACAACCUUACACUAACGAUUCGUCAAAGCCUACUGAAUUUGCAGAAGGCUCUCAAUGGUUUGGAGGUGAUGUCGGCAGAGUUGGAGCAGUUAGUGGCCUCCCUCUUGGUUGGCCGAAUUCCAAAUGCGUGGGCAGCCCGAUCCUAUCCCAGUCUGAAGCCUCUUGGCAGCUACAUCAUUGAUCUCUACGAACGCCUCGCAUUUUUCCAGCGCUGGUACGAAAACUCCAAACCACCGACAUUUUGGAUAUCCGGUUUUUUCUUCACUCAGGCCUUCCUAACGGGCGUGCUGCAGAACUACGCCCGUCAACACACCAUUCCAAUUGAUCUCCUUGUUUUCGACUUUGAUGUUCAACCCGUUUUGAGUAUUGAGACACCACCCAAAGAAGGCACCUACAUCAAUGGUCUCUUCGCGGAUGGAUUUCGUUGGGACUACGACAGGAUGAAAGUGGGCGACCAGUUGCCCAAGGUUCUGAACGAGGUUUUUCCGGCGAUCCACCUUCUACCUGUGCCAAAGAACAAAAGCAAGAUGUCAACUAUGGAGGACAGUAGCUGCUGCUUCUACAUGUGCCCAGUGUAUAAGACAAGUGAGCGUCGUGGUGUCCUCUCUACCACUGGUCACUCAACCAACUUUGUCCUACCCAUUUACCUGCCCAGCGACGAGCACGAGAGCUUCUGGAUCAAACGCGGGGCUGCAUUGCUCUGCCAACUGGACAACUAA